AUGUCUACCAUUUUCAGAUACUGCAUUUAUCAACGCCUCAUGCUCACGACCACGACCAUGACCUGGUCGUCUCGAAUAUCAUGGCUCAAUGUCACUCAAGUCUGUCGACAAUGGCGUUCGAUAGCUUUGGACUCUGCGUCAACGUGGUCAUUAAUCGACUUUUCGCAUCACUCUUUAACCCACGAGAUGAUAUUGAGGUCGAAAGCUGCACCACUGGAUAUCGAGGUUAUGCCGGACACGCUCAUGCCGUAUCACGGAAUGCUAGACGGUUUGAAAGAGGCUCUUUCGCACAUCGACCGCAUACGUAGGCUUGUUUUGCACACCAGUCCCUCGUUAUCCGACUCGGGGACUCUUUUCUCGAAUUUGACCAAACCCGCUCCGUUACUUCAAAAAUUGGAGGUAUAUGGUGGACCCUACAUCUCGCUUCCAAAUAACCUUUUUGGCGGUAAAGCUUCCCGCCUCAGAGAGCUCAAAGUUAGUGGUCUCCACUUCCCUUGGUCCGGUUCUCUUCUGAAGAACCUCACCACUCUCGCUCUCAACGAACCUCACAACGAACCUCUCGUUGAUACCUGCUUCCGAUGUCCGAGUACAAAACAACUCAUCGAGGUGUUGCAAGAAAUGCCUGGACUGGAGGUACUCGAGCUGACGAACUCACUACCGGUCCACACCUCAGAGAAAAUGUUACCGAGGUUGGUCGUGGAGCUGUCCCGCCUUAGACGUCUACGGCUCUCGGGAACACUCUUGAAUUGCACUGAAGUGCUGAGGAAUAUCACUUUCCCACCAUCCGCGGCACUUCAUAUCACCUGCAAAUCUUUUUUCGCAACUAUAAUUACAGACCUCGACGCUAUUCCCUUCUUUGACAGGCUGUGCCAGAUAUAUUCAGCUUCAAGCACCGGCGAAGAUUACUUCAAGUCCUUAUCCAUCGAUGCUAAGUUUCCCCCGUUUUCGCUCAGGGCAGGCGACCCUACUCGACGGCCUGAAAAACUUGGCGAAUUGCUUUCGACGCUACUUCACGUUGAUCUGAAUAUAUACGAUAUCGCACACCGCCCCACAUUCCGAGCUGCCGCGAGGACGUUCCCUCUUGGGCAGCUUGAAGAGCUUCGCUUGGCUUUUUCGUUGGGCGAUAUCUGUCUUGCGAGCGACUUUGUGGAGCUUUUUGGGUCUCUGGAGUCACUCAAGACCCUCGCUCUCGAUCAGCGUGGCAUUCGAAACUUCUUGGAUGCGCUCCGAAGUUGUGAUUGUGGUUCAGAUGGAGAGCCUCCUUCGGGGACGGCGUCUACCUCUAAAUGGAAACUGUGUCGAUUGGUUUUCCCUGCUCUUACCACCAUGAAGUUGACCGAGGUGGAUUUCGAGGAGGAUUUCGAUGGUGUGGGGGGUUUUGUGGACUUUUUGUCCUUCCGGAGGAGGCAUGGCAAACCAAUCGAAAAGCUGGUAUUAACGUCCUGUAUCCAGCUUUAUCAAGGUGGUGUUGACCGGCUCACGGAAGUUGUACAAGAUGUGGAAUGGGAUGGGUCCGUGGAGACUUACGAGGAUGAUGAGGGAGACGAAGAUAGCGACCUUGAUGAUGACGAUUUCUGGGGUCAUGAGCCGUUCUAUUAUGGCUCUGGAGAUUUGUAUGCUGACGAUGAGUCCGAUGGCGGUUGGCUAGACCCUCCGUUUGAUGAUUUGUGGUAG